AUGGAUGCAGGAUCAUCUUUGAGUUCUUCCUCAACCCUCAAAUCCCUAGCACGCUGCCCUCUUCAGGAACAGUUUAUUCAGAGAAAGAAUUCCCGAGAAAAUUUGGACAGAUUCAUUCCAAAUCGUUCGGCAAUGGACUUCGAUUAUGCUCACUACAUGCUGACUGAGGGGGCUAAAGGUAAGGAAGACCCAACUGUGAGCUCCCCCUCUAGAGACGCCUAUAGAAAGCAUCUUGCAGAAUCCUUAAACAUGAACCGGACCCGAAUUCUUGCUUUCAAGAACAAGCCACCUGCACCAGUUGACUUAAUCCCUCAUGAGUACUCCAUGAGUCUUCCCCAAGAUAAACCCACCAAGCCACGGAGAUAUAUUCCUCAGACUUCUGAGAGGACUUUGGAUGCUCCUGACCUUGUGGAUGACUAUUACCUCAAUUUACUGGAUUGGGGAAGCGGCAAUGUUCUUGCAAUCGCACUUGGAAGCACAGUGUACUUGUGGGAUGCAACAAACGGGUCUACUUCAGAACUUGUCACAGUUGAUGAUGAAAAUGGCCCUGUCACAUCCAUUAGCUGGGCUCCUGAUGGACGGCAUAUUGCGGUUGGUUUGAACAACUCUGAAGUGCAACUAUGGGAUACGACUUCAAAUAAACAGUUGAGAUCUUUGAGAGGUGGGCAUAGGCAACGAGUGGGGUCUUUGGCAUGGAAUAAUCACAUACUGACAACUGGAGGGAUGGAUAGUAGAAUAGUUAACAACGAUGUAAGAAUUAGAUCACACAUUGUUGAAACCUAUAGAGGGCAUGAGCAAGAGGUUUGCGGGCUAAAAUGGUCAGCUUCAGGUCAACAAUUAGCCAGCGGAGGGAAUGAUAAUCUACUUUACGUCUGGGACAGGGCUACCGCAUCUUCUAAUUCGGCAACACAGUGGCUUCACAGGCUUGAAGAUCAUACAUCUGCAGUAAAAGCCCUUGCUUGGUGCCCUUUCCAAGGGAAUUUGCUAGCUUCUGGUGGAGGCAGUGGCGAUCGUUGCAUCAAGUUUUGGAAUACCCACACAGGUGCAUGCUUGAACUCAGUUGACACAGGGUCUCAGGUAUGUUCCCUGCUGUGGAACAAGAACGAGAGGGAGUUACUCAGCUCUCAUGGUUUUACUCAAAAUCAGCUUACACUUUGGAAAUACCCUUCAAUGGUCAAGAUGGCAGAGCUCACUGGUCAUACUUCCCGAGUUCUUUUUAUGGCUCAGAGCCCUGAUGGUUGCACGGUAGCAUCAGCAGCGGCAGAUGAAACCUUACGGUUCUGGAAUGUGUUUGGAGUUCCAGAAGCAGCAACUAAAGCUGCGCCAAAAGCGAAAGCUGAGCCAUUUUCGCAUUUGAAUCGCAUUCGAUAA